AUGCUCGAGCACGGCGCCAUGCGUCGCCUCCGCAAAGAGGCCGAGACGGCCUCUGCAGUCGCAGGGCCCCACGUCAAGUCCGAAAUCCGCCUCGAUGAACGCGAUGACAAGGUUAUACUGGUCGGCCAGAUGGAAGGGCCGCAGGGCAGCGCCUAUUCUGGCGCGGUCAUUGGAUUUGAGCUGGAACUCGAUGGGUAUCCCUAUUUGCCCUUCUCGGUGCGCUUGACGACGCCCGUAUUGCAUCCACUCGUGUGUCAGCAGACCGGGAAGGUCUGGAUGGAGCGUUGCAAUUGGACAGCAGCCAUAUCGGUGCACAGUCUCCUCGUCCAACUGCAUGCGUGGCUGGCAGCGCCAGAGGAGAUAAGCCACGAAGCUGCGGCCUGCUGGGCUGAAGAAAGCCAUGGCGAGCAAGCAUCAUUUGCGCAGCACUGCGCGUCUAAUCCACACGCAUUCCUUGCAGCGGCGUGGGCGGCAGCAGAACCUUUGCGAGGGAGGCUGUGGUCGCCCAUUGAGCAUGUGAGGGCCAGCGAGGAGCAGCGUCGCCGCCUGCCGUGGCUAAUGUGGCUGGGCAAAAUCCUUGCCGAGCGGUGCCUUUGGGAGGAGCGGGAGGAAUAUGCCUUCGGACAAGACAUCUGGCUGCACCACGUCAUACCGCAGCUACUCGGCAAUGUCCCGCGGGCGCUUGUGAAUGUUGAACGUUAG